AUGAAGCUCGCUGUCCCUGUUGUCCUGAAUUCAGACUUAAAGAGCGCCUCGGACAACAGUCCGGAGACUGACACCAGGGACGAAGCGCAACAAGCGCCUCCGCCAAACAACUACCUGCUUCUCACCAUCUUUACAUGCUUCUGUCCAGCCUACCCCGUCAACAUAGUGGCGUUGAUUUUCUCUGUAAUGUCCAUAAGCAGUUAUAACCAAGGAGACCGGGAGGGUGCGGAACGGCUGGGUUGGAAUGCCAAGUGGGUUGCCAUCGCGUCGGUGAUUAUGGGACUCCUAGUCACUGCCAUCUAUUGCACGGUUCACUUCACAACGCUGCUCAGUUAGGAAGCUGGAGGCUGUCCUCAGACAGACACACAGCUUGUUCAGAAGCCAGCCCUGGGGCCCAUGUGAGAGCAUCGUUCUGUCUUGUUUUCUACCUGUCGAGCGGCUGUGCCGCCUCCUAGAGGGAGUCUGAGGAAGUCUGGAGAGACCCGAGUCAUUCUUAUGCCUAGACACAGCAAGCAACAUGAACAAUCGCCCCUCCGAGAUUUGAGUGGCAGAGGAUCUCCCUACUGAAGGACAUCUUUCUUCCAAAGAGAUUGUAUUUCUGUUUUUUAUUUGUUUUAUUUUUUAAAGGAUUUACCUGAAGACAGAGUUUCUACGAACAAGGCGGCAAUGGCAGGAUUCUUU